CGACCCGCCGCUCCGCCACCGCUCUGGCGCCGCUCUGCCGCGGGCCACCACCGCGCGAGCACUGCCCGCCACCGGCGCAAGCAGGCUCUGGUGCCUCCUUCAGGCUCACCUGGCGGCGGCACGCCCUGGCCGCCGCGGGCCCACCAGCUGCCGGGAUGGAGUGGCAAGGGGCUGGGGUGGAGCGGCUGACCGUGGUGGCGGAUGAGGAGUUGGAGGAGGAGUGGCGGCGACUCCAGGGGGCGCCGCGGCCCGCCGCCGCCUCCCGGGCCCUUCCGCCGCCGCGGGGCCCGCCGCUCGCCGCCUCUGCCGCGGGCGCCCCGCUGCCGCGGGGCCCGCCGCCGGUGCCACGCCCGCCGACUCGGCCGCGCUGGCCAGCGGCGCAGGCGGCCAGCCUGCUGGCCGGCGGGCGGCUGGUGGGCGUCGUACAGGACUUCAACGCACGGGUGGGGAUGGGCAGGAUCGCGUGCCGGGGCCUGGGCGGGCCAGUCGCGGUGGCCGCAGCGGAGCUGGCGGGCUUUUCGGUGGGCGACGCGGUGUCCUUCUCACUUGGCGCGGACCCCAAGUUCGGCAACCGGGUGGCCGUCACCCUGGAGGCCGAGGACGAUGACUCGCUUUCCCGGGCCAGCGCCUGUGGCUGUGAGGGUGACGCGGGGGUCGGCGGCCAUGGAGUUGGCGCCAGCGCCACCAGUGCUCGGCGCGAGGGGCGCCGCGAGCAGCGCCGCGCAGCAUGUCUGCAGCAGCUGUCGGGGGCGCGCGAACUCCUGGCCGCGCUGGUGCUCGCGGGCGCAGCGACCGCGGACGACGAGGCGGCGCUGCAGGCGGCACUGCAGGAGGCGGCGGCUGUCGGCGUCGACCCAGGACACCUAGCGGCGGCCGAGGUCGGCUCAAUACGCGUAAGAGUGGGCCUUCGCCAGAGUGACCUUUCGGUGCAGGCCCACAUGAGUCACCCAGUUCUGGCUUGCGUGUCGGGAUCAGACCCGCCCUGCGGCCCCAGAGAGCCGCGCAUCAAAGGUCACUGUUGCUGGUAGGGCCGGCCACCCUUGCGUGUAGCUGACGAGGGCACGCUCGCGGACUCGCGCGCGUGCAGGGAAGGACCCGCCGGCCUCUGCGGGCCGGGCGCCGCCAUCCCGGAGGUGGUCCGCCCGGAGCCGCCAUGCGCCGCCCGAGGGGCGCUGGCGGGCGCCCCGCGCGCGCGGGCGCCGCUGCCGGAGCCCGCGCUGGAGGCUGGGGCGGAGUCGCCCCCCGAGGCCUUGCUCGCCGAGCUGGGGCGCGUGAGGGCGGAGAAACGCCAGGCGGCGGGCGCGGAGGACUACGAGCGAGCCGGGCGCUUGAAGCGCCGGGAGCUGCAGCUGGAGAGCGAGCUUUCGGUCUUCC